AUGGCCUCUCGGUCGAGCAGCGGCGCUGGCAGCCGUGGGAGCGAUGCCUCGGCGCAGUACGAGAACAUAUCAACCAGCCAGAAGAUGAUAUCCGCCACCUGGGGGAGUCUUCUCACGUCAUUACUAGUAACACCUUUGGAUGUGGUCAGAGUGCGUCUACAGGCGCAGACACCGAUUGUGCGGGCCUCGCCACAGCCUACGACACUGACAUCCGUCUCUCCAUCACCGCUGACCUUCUUCCGACACCUCCCUCCCAAUCUCGGCGUGACGGCGUGCUGCCGGGAAGUCUUCUGGAUAGGAGAGAAUGCGCAGACACAGUUCUGCCUGGUGAACCAGCCACCACCAACUACAUCUACAACCACAGCACCAUCUAAUACAUCUAUAUCAUCGUCUCCGCAGACAUGCGUGGUCGAGCAACGCAAGUCCUACACCUCUACACUCGACGGGCUGCGCAAGAUAGCACGCCAUGAAGGCCCAUUGUCACUCUGGCGCGGCCUCUCCCCCACGCUGGUGAUGGCAAUCCCGGCCAACGUCAUCUACUUCACGGGGUACGACUGGCUGCGGUACGACAGCGGCAGCCCCGUGGCCAGCUACGUUCCGGCCAGCGCGGCUCCGCUGGUGGCAGGCUCCGUUGCGCGGAUAGCAGCCGCAUCCGCGAUCAGUCCGAUCGAGAUGUUCCGAACGCGGCUGCAGGCGAUCCCGGCGGGCGGCGGCGUGCAUGGCCCGGACCACUUCAAGGCCACGCUGCGAGACCUCGGCCAGAUGGUGCAGCGGGAAGGGUACACCUCUCUCUGGCGCGGGCUGACGCUGACCAUGUGGCGAGACGUGCCCUUUUCGGGCCUGUACUGGUGGGGAUACGAGCGCAUCAAGCGGCAGCUCGAGUCAAUGCGAGGCCAUGUCUUUCCUCACACUUAUGCCUGUGAUGACCCAGCACUCAAGACAACGACAACAGCAUCAACAGCACCUCACUCGCCGAGCUCGACGGUGGUGUUUGUGGAGAGCUUCACGGCCGGGGCAGUGUCGGGAGCCGUGUCGGCGCUGGUGACGACCCCGUUCGACGUCGGCAAGACGAGACAGCAGGUGGCCCCGGGCUCGUCCGGGUCGAUCCCGCGCUUCCUGCUCAGCAUCCUGCGGGACGAGGGCGUGCAGGGCCUGUUCAGGGGCUGGGCUGCGCGCUGUCUCAAGGUCGCCCCGGCCUGCGCCAUCAUGAUCUCGAGCUACGAGGUCGGCAAGCAGGUCGCCAGCACCGCCAACGACGACUAA